UCUAGAAUUCUAUGUGUGUAUAUCUGUGGGUAAAUUAACUAUAUUUAUGUAUAUAUAAUUAUUAUUUAAUUUGUUGAUACCCAUCUCCAAUCUUCGUCAGUUUCUCUGUCUCAGCCACCCGUCUCUCUCUCUUCCUCUCUCUCCUUCUUCUUCUGCUUCCUCCUUGUAAGUAGAGCUGUCUUCUAAAUCAGCCUUGCAAGAAGGAUGGCUCUUUCCAGAGCUCAUAAAGAGAGGGGGGAGUUGAGAAUUCAUGAGAGUUUGGAAGAGCUUAGCACAGAUUUAGCAGACUAUAUUGCAGAAUUAUCAGAGGUUUCAGUGAAGGAAAGGGGCGUUUUUGCCAUUGCGUUAUCCGGCGGUUCUCUCAUUGGCUUGAUGGGAAAACUCUGUGAAGCUCCUUACAACAAGACAGUUGAUUGGGCCAAGUGGUACAUAUUCUGGGCAGAUGAGCGAGUUGUGGCUAAAAAUCACACUGAUAGUAACUAUAAGCUGGCCAAGGAUGGCCUUUUAUCAAAGGUUCCCAUAGUUCCCAGUCACAUACACUCCAUCAACGAUUCAGUGUCAGCAGAGCAAGCGGCAGAUGACUAUAAAUUUGCGAUCAGACAGCUUGUGAGAACUCGUGUAAUCAGUGUAGCUGAUAUCAGCGACUGCCCCAAGUUUGACCUCAUCCUUCUUGGAAUGGGCCCUGAUGGACAUGUUGCCUCAUUAUUCCCUAAUCACUCUGCCCUCAAUGAGAAAGAUGAAUGGGUGACUUUUAUCACUGAUUCACCAAAGCCCCCACCUGAAAGAAUCACUUUCACCAUUCCUGUCAUCAAUUCAGCAUCCAAUGUUGCCGUGGUUGUGACAGGAAGCGGCAAAGCAGAGGCUGUACACUUGGCCGUCGAUGAUGUUGGGUCCAACAGCCUGUCAUUGCCUGCGAGGAUGAUCCAGCCAACCAAAGGGAAGUUGGUAUGGUUUUUGGACAAGGCAGCCGCCUCAAAACUUGAUGGCGCAAAAUUUUCUGAGUAGGACCAAGCUCUUCUUGCCAAAAUGUAUGUAUCUAAAGGAGGGGUCUGAGUUUGUCUAGAAUCCUCUUCCAUCAGUUCUUUUGCUCUUUUGAGUUGGGUUAAUCUCUGGUUUUUGGUUUUUGUCCGUGUCUUGUGUAGGGGUGUUGGGCAAGUGUGGCUAUACUUUUUGUAAGAAGAGGUUAAUAAGUUCGAGGCUUUAAUACAGAAUCCUCUUCUGUUUUUAGUUGCA